CUGAUUUCACACUAGUUGUGGCUAAGAAUUCGUAGGAGUUGGACGUGUCUCGUGUGAUAUUACGUUAAAGCGUUCGGCUACUGAAGUUUGACGUCCCUAUCAAAUGGCUUUUUCGCAACCAAAUUCUAGAGAGCUAGAAUACAGAAAAAUACUGGAAGAAAUACAGUUGAAGAAGCAGCUACUUUUGAAGCAGGGCGUUACGCCUACUCUUGGAACUUCUUUGACUCCGCUUGACGUAUCACCCGCUACUCCUGCUGCGAAUGAGCAGAAUCCUGCGACAACGGUGGAUGGUAUAGCAUUGAGUGCUUCUCAAAGUGCAGCCCUUCAGAACGCACAUGAAGCCUCUACUGGGUUCUUCGUUGCCCAGGACUCGGCCUUUGGUAACUUGAUCCUGCCAGUAUUCCCGCGGUUUGAGAUCCAGUGAACUACUAUCAGGCAUAUACA